GAUAAAUCGGACCAGCUUCCACCCCAUUGCACGGUAUAGGCACUGAUAUUUUUGAUAUACCCUUACCCGGUUUUCCCUCAUUUCUUCCCACCAAGCAGAAAUUAUUCGCCAUUGCCGCGCCUUGUUAGAGUGGAACUGUCUUGUUGAAGACAUCGCUUUGUUCGAUGUGAUUAAUUGGGGUUUGAGAGAGAGAGAGAGAGAGCAAGAGACUACAUGCUUUGUUUGAGUUUACUAAGGAUACAUUAAGGGUUAAUCUCGAUAUGGAUGAAGAAGAAAUUGAAAAAGCGGUGAUAGCAUAUCUGAAAAAGAAGGGUUUCAAGCAAACGGAGCUUGCAUUCCAGGAGGAGCAGCAGAAGCAAAGCAGAAGCAUCAGCAACUCUUCAUCUCUAUCCAACACCAACUCCUCAGAUAGUUCCCAAACUGACCCUCUUGCCAAACAGAUUCUCUCUCUCCAUCAAUUAGAAAAUAUUCCAGCAAUGUACCAUGACGAGUACAGCAAGCUUCGGUCUUGGGCAGAUAGCUCUCUGGAUUUGUACAAGCAUGAGUUGCUUCGUGUACUUUAUCCUGUAUUCAUACACUGUUUCAUGGAUCUUGUGGCUAAAGGUCACGUUCAAGAAGCCCGAGCAUUUUUUAAUCGCUUCCGAGAAGACCACGAGAUGAUUCACCUGCGUGAUCUCCAGAAACUAGAAGCUGUCCUGUCACCAUCACAUCUAGAGGAAAUGGAGUUUGCUCAUUCUUUAAGGCAAAGCAAAGUGAACAUAAAAAUGUGCCAGUAUUCCUAUGACCUUUUGCUGCAAUACUUGCACAAGGCUCGUGCCACUGUGAUGCUAGGGAUGAUAAAUGAGCAUAUAAACUUUCAAGUUUCCACUGGACAGCCUGGUUCAGUUUCCGAUGAUGCUGAUGUUGUAACUCUUAUUGGGAGCGGCCAGGAAACUGCAAGUUUGGUAAACCAGAAAGAAAUCCACUGGGGACUGCUUGAAGAUUCUUUAGAGGAGCGAUUGGAGAAGGCAGGAGGUUUGCUUUCUGAGUCAGAAAAGGUUGAAGGGGAGUCUAAAGAUGGAGAAAUUGAUGAUAACAAGAUUAAAUCAAUUGAAGGAGGAAGGCAGGGUGCUUCACUGAAAAGGCUGAAAAAAGAUAAGAUAGGAGGUCCAAUCGGGAAAGUUGCACACAUAGAGGGGGGUGUGGCUUCAGCAACACCGCUUGUUAAGCCAGAUUUACCUUUGCCAGCAAUACAUAUGGAGGUAGAACACUCUAUUCUUGAAGACUUGAGAAAUCGUGUACAGCUCAGUAGCCUGGCAUUGCCCUCUGUGAACAUGUAUACCUUUCUUAAUACUCAAAAUGGAUUAAACUGUGCAUCAAUAUCUAAUGAUGGAUCACUGGUGGCUGGUGGCUUUUCGGAUUCUUCGCUGAAGUUGUGGGACAUGGCGAAACUUGCACAACAAUCUGAGAAUUUUCCCAUGCAGGGUAUCGGUUCCCCAUCCAAUGAGCAGGACCUUGGGGAAAAUGGGCAGCGAAGAUGCUAUACAUUAAUUCAUGGUCAUUGUGGACCUGUUUAUUCUGCCACCUUCAGUCCUUAUGAUGAUUUUCUCUUAUCAUCAUCAUCUGAUUCAACCAUUCGGCUGUGGAGCACAAAACUAAAUGCAAAUCUUGUUUGUUAUAAAGGCCAUAAUUAUCCUGUAUGGGAUGUUCAAUUUAGCCCUGUUGGGCAUUACUUUGCUAGUGCUUCACAUGAUCGAACUGCAAGGAUCUGGUCAAUGGACAGAAUACAGCCUCUGAGGAUAAUGGCCGGCCACUUGUCUGAUGUUGAUUGUGUGCAAUGGCAUGCAAACUGCAACUACAUAGCUACUGGAUCAAGUGACAAAACUGUUCGAUUGUGGGAUGUCCAGAGUGGAGACUGUGUCAGAAUUUUCAUUGGUCACAGGAGCAUGAUAUUGUCAAUGGCAAUGUCACCUGAUGGUCGUUAUAUGGCAUCAGGUGAUGAAGAUGGGAAAAUCAUGGUGUGGGAUCUUGCUAGUGGCCGCUGUAUAACACCUUUGGUUGGUCACACCUCUUGUGUGUGGACACUUGCUUUCAGCUGUGAAGGAUCUCUUCUUGCAUCUGGUUCUGCUGAUUGCACUGUGAAAUUGUGGGAUGUAACCACGAGUACCAAGUUAUCAAAAUCUGAAGAGAAUAAAUCUGGGACUACCAAUAGGCUGCGAUCGUUGAAGACGCUGCCUACCAAAUCAACUCCAUUAUAUGCUCUGCGUUUCUCCCGAAGAAACCUUCUCUUUGCCGCUGGUGCUUUUUACCCAGAAGUACAUAAAACAACUUAUUAACAAUGGAAAUUUUGCAGAGGCAGUGUGGCUUCUAUUUUUUGCCAGGGAACUAAGAAAUUCAGGAAGCCAGGACAUUGGGAGACUUGAAGCAUGUAUUUGUUUUUUCUGUUUUUUCCGAAUUAAAAUGUUUUCCACUUUCCCCCCAGUCUCUCAAAAUAGGAAAAACACUCUUGAAGCUGUGAUUUUUUAUUUAAUUUUGUGUUAAAUACCAUGUAUGUCUGUAUGCAGUCUCCUAUUUUUAUUUUAUUUUAUUUUAUACCCAAUCAGAGCUUUGUCAUGUUUGGCUUGCAUCUGAGUCAAGAUGAAAAAUAUUAUUAUAUCUACCAUAAAUUUCUUUCCGCGGAGGGAAAGUAGAGGUUUUUGUUGGAAUACUCAAA